ACAACGUCUACCGCACAAAGGAAUUCCUACAAAAAGGGGCACAAACCCCCUACAUACGCGAUCGUCGCUAUUCGCUCGCUACAAGAUCCACUUUUCAUUUUUUUUUCAUUGACUUUGAGGAGCUCAGGUGCUUAGAUGGCCGAUGCUGUGUCUUGUCGGUCCACGAACAAUUGCACUUCAGAUGAGACGACUAACAAACUUGAGUCUGGACGCAAGUCACAGAGAACGCUUGCCUCGUUAUCAGAGCUCUAGGAUUCGAAAGCAGAGGGAAGGAACAAAACGCAGAACAAGACGAGAAGGAACUUUGUGCAAUGCUUGUGUCAUAUUUUCGCAUUUGUCGUACAUUCAUUUUUUUUUUGUCGUUUUAUGAUUGAAAUCAUGGUGUUGUGUGUGCCAUGAUCUUCAAGUGCCGUUA